AUGGCUCAUCAUGCUUCUUUAGGGUCUCUGAGCCUUCUAGCUCCUGAGGUACGCAAUCAAAUCUAUCGUUUGGCUUUGCCGUACAUGUUGUAUGGCUCCCUGGUUGUGUCAGAAGAUAUUAACAAGAUACCAUCAAUGAUGCGCAGCCCGAAUCUCCGCAUCUUGCUGGCAUCUAAGGGACUGAAUGCAGAAGCAUCCGCUGUUCUCUUCUCCCACUGCAACUUUAAGAUCUCCUUCCAACCUGGUCUAGGUCUUAAUACACAUGAAAUGAAUGGGGUGGCAACAAUUGCGAAUCUGCAUCGUCUCCGACACUUGAAAGUGAAGAUGUCCAGCGAACUUCUGUUUGAAGAAGAGCCUUCGGAUAUUGACGAUGCUCGUUUUGCAGGAUAUGCAGUUACCUUCAUGGCAUUUCUAGCUCAUCUGGCAAAUGUCGAAGGUCCAGGUAAAACAGUCGAGAUCAAGAUAGAUUUCUGGUUCACGGCAUGGGAGCUGAACGAAAUCGGCGAGUAUCGCCGCCUUCUUCACCAUCCAAAAGUAUCCCGGUUGAUCAGAGGCGUGAGUCGACUUGUGCACUUCAAGGAGGUCAGAGUUCGGUUCAUUGUGGAGAGCGACGAUGAAGAAGAGGAUGAAAUGCGAAUUAAACUCUGUCAGGAUGUCGGGAAGCGCCUUAUCAAAGGCUGCGAAGCAACCCUUGGAGUCUGUACAGCGCAUGAAGCAAAAUUGUACUUUAAGGAGACUGGUCGUGACGAAUUCUCAAACAACAUACAAUUUGUUCCCAAUGCAAAGGGGGAAAGGGUAAUACAAGGGGAGGGAGAUGGAGAAACUGAAGCUGAAGUAGAGGAAGAUGACGAAGAUGGAGGAGACAAGGAAGAUUCGGGGGAUGACGAAGACGCCGACAAGGACGAUAAUGAUGGUGAUAGUGACGACGUCGAAGACGAAGAUAAUGUGAUGGAUCCCCUCCAAGAACUCGCUGAUGAGAAUGAAGACAACCUGGAGAACGAGGGAGAGAUCUAG